GGAGCAAACGGGUUUGGUGUGGAGCCCUUUGCCAGAUUAAAUGUCUUGCAGUAAGAAAUUUGGGGGUCCUUCUGCCAGGAAUGUAGGUUUCUUGACACCUAAUACGUCGUAUUUCCUUUUAUCUUGUCGAAGGGCUUCUUAAUUCUUUAUCUUUCCCUUUUGUGUGAGUUGUAGGACUAGACAUUCCAUCCUGACAGCCCAAAUAAGUUUCUUGGUUCGCCUCUUGCUUCUUCCUUUUGAGCUCACAGUUGCCAGAAAACUCUCGAUGAUUGUACCUUGCAUGCUUUCGGUUUUUCAAAGCACUUUCACGUUGCCGUGUUUCUUUGAUUUUAACAGCAGCCUGUGAAGUAGGCAUUAGUAUUUCCAUGCUAAAGAUGAAAAAAUAGUUUGAAAGAAGUUUAAAGGCUGGAGUGGAACCCAUUUCUGAUCGCCUCCACAUAGUUUCAUGUUAAAAUACUCUAUUGGAUUGUUGCCUAAAAUUAGGAGGUGAAGAUACUUGCUGCGAGAAUACAGGCCCCUUUAUACCCAGAUCUGCGCAGUUGUAUCUCCUGUCGGAAAUCCUUCAUUGGCUCACUUUUGUACUCUUGGGGGGAAGAUCCACCAGGUUGGGUGUUUUGAGUGAAUUAAGUGAUUGAGUUUAGAUCCCAAGUUCGUUUAUCUUUCGCCUCCUUUUCUACCACCUCUCCAGAGGCAUCCUUUGCUCCUCAGGGAAAAAAAACGUGCACUUUUGCAGUUUGUUACUUCGGUGCUGUGUAUCUGGCACUACUAAGUUGUUUGCCUUGAAUUUUCCUAAUCCUAUUGAGACAGUAUUUUGCAGUUGAGGAAACUGAAGCACUUAGGUUAAAUAACUUGUAUAAAGCUGCACAGCUAGUAGGCCUAGAAGUUUGAAACCCUGCAAGCUCAUUCCAGAAGCAUGAGUUAGUCUGCCUAGCUUCCCUAAAAUAUUAUACUGUCAUUAUUCCAAUCUAUUCCAAGGGCUUGGUAUGCUUCCUGCCUUUCUAACUCAGGAUUCAGCUCCACUCACAUGUCUAGGAUGUCUUCCUAGGACCACACUGCUUCAUAUUAGUGUAACAAGGCAUGCUUGUGCUUGAAAUCCUCUAAUAAUCUUAUUGCAUUUAGAAUAAAAUCUACUUUUUGUGGUCGGGUCCCCUGCCUUACCUGACCUCCACUUGAACUGCAAAAGGAUGCCUCCAGCUCCCCUGCCUACUUCUUCUUCGCCCCUACCCCAUCCCAUGCUCUGCUCUGUCAUUUGCUUGUCCCUCUGCAGUAGGGCAUAUGUUCCUUGAGAGCUACAUCCCGAGUCUAAGAAUGGUUCCUGAUGCUCAGGUCCUGCAUCUCCAGUAUGGAAUGUAUGUUUGGCCCUGUGCUGUGGUCCUGGCCCAGUACCUGUGGUUCCACAGAAGAUCUCUGCUGGGCAAGGCUGUCUUAGAGAUUGGAGCUGGAGUCAGUCUCCCAGGAAUUUUGGCUGCAAAAUGUGGUGCAGAAGUAACACUGUCAGACAGCUCAGAGCUGCCCCACUGUCUGGAAAUCUGUCGGCAAAGCUGCCUAAUGAAUAACCUGCCACAGGUGCAUGUGGUAGGACUAACGUGGGGCCACAUAUCUUGCAAUCUUUUGACUUUACCACCACAAGAUAUUAUUCUUGCAUCUGAUGUGUUCUUUGAACCAGAAGAUUUUGAAGAUAUCUUAACUACAGUGUACUUUCUGAUGCAGAAGAACCCCAAGGUCCAACUGUGGUCUACUUACCAGGUUAGAAGUGCUGACUGGUCACUUGAAGCUUUGCUCUACAAGUGGGAUAUGAAAUGUGUCCAUAUUCCUCUGGAGUCUUUUGAUGCAGAUAAGGAAGACAUAGCAGAAUCUGCCCUUCCAGGAAGACACACUGUUGAAAUGCUGGUCAUCUCCUUUGCAAAGGACAGUCUCUGAAUUAUACCUACAAGCUGUUCUGGGAUAAUGUCAAUACUGAUUAGCAAUCUGGCACACUUCAGAUUUCUUGAGAAAAUUCUGUGCUUGAAGAUAGUCAAAUCUGUUGGCCUUAAGAUUGUAAUGUCACCUAGAUAACAUUGCAGGUAACAUAACUGAAAAAAAUUAAAACAUCUACAAAGAAAAAGGACUUGGAUUGUUCUUUAGUCAUUCAAAUAGGACAUAAAUUAGGUUGAGAAGGGAGUACUCAACCUUAAGAAAGUGCUACAUCUUAAAGCAUUGAUUUUUAGGUUCUGAACUGGCAUUUCCACUUUUUAACUUAGGAAAAGUUAGGUACUAAACAUUUCACUUUCAUACUAUACAGUAACAUUCACAAAAUUGCAUAGGUCUUUCAAAUAAUUGAGGGGAAAAAAGACCAAGACAUAUUCUGAGAAAAGCUAACACCAAGAAAACAUUUUAAUUAAACUAUAGAAACAAUGGUUAUAGUACAGAAUAUUCAUAAUAAGCAAAAAGAUACACCAUGUUAUAUGUACUUACAAAGUUACAGACCAUUUGCUUCCUUAACAUUUUCCGUAAGUUCAUACAUGUAAAUAUGAUCAGAGUUUACCAUUUGGGAGGGAAGGGGGGAAAAAAGGUGUAUUUAUCAUCAGCUAGAUGUGCUCACUGUAUGCUCCGUUAUUUAUAUGCAAGGCCCGGGUGACUGGAAGUGCAGUUGUCAGGCAUUUAAUAAACUGGACAGCCAUUUGUUUCUGCACGACAAGGCAUCUUUACACAGGAGCAAUCAGGAGAAAACAGGAAACAGCCAAGCACUCUGCACUGCAACACGCCACCUUAACAGCUAACCAGCAUUACUCAACUGCUACACAACUGCGCCUAGUGCACAAAAAUACAUAAGAGAAGAGAUUAGAAUUGUGUUUGAUAAACAAUCCUCAAAAAAAAAUCAAGUCUUUUCACCUGAAAAGUCUUUAUACAAAUUUGGGUUCAGAUUUACCAUUUAGAUCUGAAAGUAAAUAACAUAUACAAACAAAUUUACACCAACUUUUGUAGGUUUUUAAUUUUAAGGAUUGAAGGCAAUGUUGAGUCAAUCUCUUGACAGCUUUAGGCUGUGUGUAAUGGCUGCACGUUUCCUUAAAAGUCAGGAGGCCACAAAUAAGGUUACCAAUCUGUUUAAUUUCAAA